AUGGAUUAUUGUAUAUUGCUGAAAUAUUGGGUCUAUGAUCAAAUAAAGAAAAUUAAUAAAAAUGGCAAAAAGGAGAUUAAUGACUUUGUACUUACUGAAAAACUAAGAAAAUUGCAAUAUACUAUUAAUAAUGAAGAAUCAGUUAAAUUUGAAUGUUACGAUGAUUAUAGUGAUUAUUUGAGUAAUUGGGAAGAGGAGAAAGCCUUAUAUGAAUAUUUUGUAAAUUUUAAAGAAAUAACAAAUAGUUAUAAACCUGGUAAUAAAGAGAAAAACAAGUAUACUGGUUACGUUCAAUAUAUUGUUGACCUAUACAAAAAAAAAACAACUAAAGAAGGUUGUUGUAAUACUAAGUCUCAUCAUCCUUGUGAUCAUUAUUUUAAUUGCGAUCCAGAGUAUGAUCCCGAAAAGCUCCUAUUAAAAUUAAAAGGUGAAAAAGCAGAAGCUAGUCAGAAAUCGCCAAAUAGAGGUGCACAGGCAACUAUAUCAGGAUCAGAUGGACGUAGUGCAAAUAGCACAGAAGAUUCAAAUGUAAAUAAAAUUGUCCUCCCUGAAGUACCAAUCGGAUGGAAUAAACGCAGACACAAAUAUAUAACGAAAAUGAACAACGUUAAGUGUAUUACGAAUUAUGCAGCUAAGGAAAAAGGUUAUGCAUUGGUAUCAUGUUAUAACAUUGGAAAAAAAUAUCCGAACGUUGAAAAUAUAUUUAGAUCUACAAAAGAAGAGGAAAAAUUUUAUUCUAAAAAGGUAGAAGCAGAAGGCGGAAGUGUCGAGGGGAAUAAAAUACGGUGGAUUCAUUACGAUUCUGAGGCAUCCGAUGAGGAAAUAUCUUAUGCAGUUCUAGGUGGUGAUAAAAAUGCUGUUUCCAAAAAAUCUAAAACUCAUGUAGGAAUACCGGUAUAUUCACAAGGAUAUACAUUACUAAGUGAUUAUAUAAAGGAUAGAAGAAAUGAUAAAUAUGGAGAUUAUCAACCAGGUCGUGAAGUUGCAUAUAUUUAUUCAGGUUUAGGAAGAAGGUUUUAUCCAGGAGUAAAAAUAAAAGAUGUACCUUGUGCUUAUAUUAAAAUGAAAGAUGGUGAAAAAACAGAGUGUGUAAAAGAAGAUGCUGUUAAAGAUUAUGAUGUUUCUAAAAAUCAAGGAAAAUUAAAUUCAAGAAGGGAAGAAUCUAUUACAGAAUUGUCGAAAAUAGACUCAUCGGGUGAGUUAGAACCCGCAGAGGAGAGUAUAUUUAAAACGCCCAUGUUCCGUGGUGGUACGUUUGCAUUAUUAUUUGUAGGAAUAGUUUUCGUUUUUUUUAUUAAUUUUAAGGUAUGUUCUAGUUAUAUUAUGAAAGAAGUGCUUGCAUAUAAAUAA